CGCAGGACCCGGCUAUUCGUGUCGGCGCCGCGGCCACCGGCCCAGCUGAUGGGUCGGGAUACGCGCUCGCGCUCCCGGUCCGCGGGUCGCCGAGGCCGGAGGCAGCGGAGCCAGAGCGGUAGCCGAAGUCGGAGCAGGAGCCAUGGGCGGCGAAACCGGCGGCGCCGGGAGGAUGAGGGACGGCACAGACGGAGGCGGCGGAGCCGGGAGCGCAGGUCAGAUUCAGAAGAAGAGCGGUGGCAGCGCUCAGGGGUGCGAAGCCGGAGUCCCCCGAAGUCCCGAUGGCGCUCCAGGGAUGGGUCCUCUCAGUCCGACUCGGGAGAGGAGCCGUCACGGAACCAGUGGUCGCGGCGGCGGCGGCGGCGAGCGCGCUCCUGGUCCCCGGGCUCCUCGGCGUCCAGCUCCGCAUCUCCUGGGCGACCCCAGAGCCCCCGGGCAGCCGCGGCCGCCCUGAGCCAGCAGCAGAGCCUGCAGGAGCGCCUGCGGCUGCGCGAGGAGCGGAAGCAGCAGGAGGAGCUGAUGAAGGCCUUCGAGACGCCCGAGGAGAAGCGCGCGCGGCGGCUGGCGAAGAAGGAGGCCAAGGAGCGCAAGAAGCGGGAGAAGAUGGGCUGGGGCGAGGAGUACAUGGGCUACACCAACACCGACAACCCCUUCGGCGACAACAACCUGCUGGGCACCUUCAUCUGGAACAAGGCGCUGGAGAAGAAGGGGAUCAGCCACCUGGAGGAGAAGGAGCUGAAGGAGCGGAACAAGAGGAUCCAGGAGGACAACCGGCUGGAGCUGCAGAAGGUGAAGCAGCUCCGGCUGGAGCGGGAGCGGGAGAAGGCCAUGCGCGAGCAGGAGCUGGAGAUGCUGCAGCGGGAGAAGGAGGCGGAGCACUUCAAGACGUGGGAGGAGCAGGAGGACAACUUCCACCUCCAGCAGGCCAAGCUGCGCUCCAAGAUUCGCAUCCGCGAUGGGCGGGCCAAGCCCAUUGACCUGCUGGCCAAGUACAUCAGCGCCGAGGACGACGACCUGGCCGUGGAGAUGCACGAGCCCUACACAUUCCUCAACGGCCUCACUGUGGCCGACAUGGAGGACCUGCUGGAGGACAUCCAGGUCUACAUGGAGCUGGAGCAGGGCAAGAACGCUGACUUCUGGCGCGACAUGACCACCAUCACCGAGGAUGAGAUCUCCAAGCUCCGCAAGCUGGAGGCGUCGGGCAAGGGGCCAGGUGAGCGCCGCGAGGGGGUCAACGCCUCCGUCAGCUCCGACGUGCAGUCGGUGUUCAAGGGGAAGACCUACAACCAGCUGCAGGUCAUCUUCCAGGGCAUCGAGGGCAAGAUCCGCGCCGGUGGCCCCAACCUGGACAUGGGCUACUGGGAGAGCCUCCUGCAGCAGCUGCGCGCCCACAUGGCUCGGGCCCGGCUGCGCGAGCGCCACCAGGACGUGCUGCGGCAGAAGCUGUACAAGCUGAAGCAGGAGCAGGGCGUGGAGAGCGAGCCGCUGUUCCCCAUCCUCAAGCAGGAGCCCCAGUCCCCCGGCCGCAGCCUGGAGCCUGAGGACGCGGCCCCUACCCCGCCCGGGCCUUCCUCGGAGGGCGGCCCCACGGAGGCCGAGGUGGACGGCUCAGCCCCUACAGAGGGUGACGGCGAUGGCGAUGGUGACGGUGACGGUGAUGGCGAGGGAGAGGCAGUGCUCAUGGAGGAGGACCUGAUCCAGCAGAGCCUGGAUGACUAUGACGCCGGCAGGUACAGUCCGCGGCUGCUCACGGCGCACGAGCUGCCACUGGACGCGCACGUGCUGGAGCCGGAUGAGGACCUGCAGCGCCUGCAGCUCUCGCGCCAGCAGCUCCAGGUCACGGGAGACGCCAGCGAGAGCGCCGAGGACAUCUUCUUCCGACGGGCCAAGGAGGGCAUGGGCCAGGACGAGGCGCAGUUCAGCGUGGAGAUGCCGCUCACCGGCAAGGCCUACCUGUGGGCCGACAAGUACCGGCCGCGGAAGCCGCGCUUCUUCAACCGCGUGCACACGGGCUUCGAGUGGAACAAGUACAACCAGACACACUACGACUUCGACAACCCGCCGCCCAAGAUCGUGCAGGGCUACAAGUUCAACAUCUUCUACCCCGACCUCAUCGACAAGCGCUCCACGCCGGAGUACUUCCUGGAGGCCUGCUCCGACAACAAGGACUUCGCCAUCCUGCGCUUCCACGCGGGGCCCCCCUACGAGGACAUCGCCUUCAAGAUCGUCAACCGCGAGUGGGAAUACUCGCACCGCCACGGCUUCCGCUGCCAGUUCGCCAACGGCAUCUUCCAGCUGUGGUUCCACUUCAAGCGCUACCGCUACCGGCGCUGACGGCCCCAGAAUGGCUUGGCACCCUCGGCCGCAAUAAAGGGGCUUCGUGAAGCUGGUGGUCACUGCGCUGAAGGGUCGCGGGGUCACCUCCCACCUCAGGCUGCAUCUUCCCCUCACCAGGCCUCAGUUUCCCCCUAUACAAAAGGGGGGUCACCAUCAAGCCUGCUUCCGAGAGCUGAGGGGACGUUGGGACAGGCUGGCCCAUGGUCCCGAUGCAUCAGAGGGGGCACUGGGGGCGUCUUCAGAGCCAGCUGACCUCGCCGUCCAGGCGGACACGCUCCGCCACCUCAGCCAGGCUGGGUGUGGGGCCCACAGGGCCUGCCCCAGCUGAGACCACACGGGGUGCUGUGGGGAUGGGCCACAGGGUCCCGGGCCUGGCGAUGCCUGGCUUGUGAGAGGCAGGAAACUCAAGGCCAGCCCCAACACAUCACAGGGUGCCCAUCAGGCCUGAGGCAGAGCCCGGGGCGUGGGGCAGCUCCAGCCCUGCCUACAGGCCACCCACACCCUCGUCGGCAGCACUGAGGCCGGGACCCUGCUGGCGCCCGAUCUGCCGCUGCCGAAGAGACCAUCGGUGAACACGUGCUUUCUGCAGGGACUGGCCCCGGCUCACCCCUGUCUGGCUGUGAGGCCCGUUUCCCUGCAGCGGAGAAGGAGGACAAGUUGGGUCCCCAUACCCAUCUACUUCAGGGUUAUGGGAACCAAGGCUCACUGAGCUGUCCUUCCCUGCCUCUGAGCACAGGGCCUGGGGGACGGGCUCCCCAAAGCCCAGCCGGUUAGAGGUUGGUGAGGGGCUUCCUCCGGGGAUGCCCCCAUCUGGCCUGGUCACAGGGCCUCGGGGCAUGAGACCAGUGACCCCGAGUUCCUGCCCAUGUCAGGACAGUCGCUCCUUGCUCCCCUUUCUAAGGCAAGGAGGGCUGAGGCCACAUGGGUGCCACAGCCCUGCCUGGAGUGGCCCAGCAGGCAGGUUCGUUCCUUCAGCAUCUGCCGGGGAGCAUCUCCGACUGAAGCAAAGUGGAAUGUGCCUCCCAGACCCCCCGAGGGCCGCACCCAACCUCCCCAGUUACCAGCCCCAGACCACCCACAGCCCUGCCCCAUCUGGAAAUAGUUUCAUUUGUUUUUUUAGACUUUUGUAGGUGGGGAAAAAAUCUUUUAUUCUCAUGGAAUUGGCCUGGUGGCAAGAUCGCAUGUUUUUUAAAUAAACAUUUUAUUUUAGAAUAA